AUGCCCACCCCAACGACAACGGGGGAACAUCACAAAAGAAACCCAGGACAACACACGCCGACCCUCGACUCUCACCAUCACCCCCCACACCAAACUAAACAGACACGAACAGACCAAAGCCGCAAAUCACCCAAAACUCCAUACCCACAACGACGAGAUACAGGACACCCAGACCACGAGACUAGACCUAGCCACAGAAAACCCUCAAAAUAUACGCAACAAUUCGCUACGAGAGGGCACCCCUUCCCCCACCUCGUUAAUGUCUGUACCCCACCCCAAACCCUAGAAGAAACUGGACUGCAGACUGUCACGAGAACGAAAGAGAACACCAGGCAUAUAGAUAAGCUAAAAAUGUCACUGAACAAUCUCCACUUGUACGUGGAUAAUCAAUACAUUGUAUACAACAACUGA